UGACCAAUCAGAGGCGCCGCCCUCCGCCGCGCCCCGCCCUCCGUUGCAGUGUGAGCGCGGGAAGCGCGUGUGUUUGGUGAUGGGCGAGUCCGUGGGAGAAGCACGCUCUCUGAGCGAUGAGCAGAUCAUCAACCGAUGGAGCUUCGACUACUACGUGUUCAAGGCCCUAAGUGCCUUCAGAGACGCGGACUACACGGCCUUCACACACUUCACCAGCAUCGUCGAGAGUCUGGUGGUCAGACCCGUCGACGGACACAGCGACAUGAUCGUGAAGCUGCGCUGCAUGCAGUUCCUGUCCCGGAUCAACAACGGCGACAAGCUCGAUCUGACGUUUGAGGAGCCCAAGACCCCUCUGGAGUCAGCUCUGAGUGUGCUGGAGGACAUCUGCAGGGACAUGAGCGUCCCCCCACGAGAGAAGGAGCGCGUCCAGCAGGCCAUCAUCGAGACGCUGAUGGUGGUGUGUCUGCGCAGCGGGGAGUUCACGAGGGCCGAGGAGGUGCUGCUGACACACUUCAGCGACGCUACAGACUCAGCCGGGAAGAGGAAGUUGUUUGAGAGUCUGGUCCGGCGCCGGCGCUCCUCUCACUCAGUGCUGCAGCUCAGCUCUUACUCUGACUUCAAGCAGGACAUGCUGGACUUCAUCGAGCGACUGUACCGCGUCCCAGAGCCCUUCCUCCUGCAGAUGCUGAGGCGCUCAGGACACCCCGGCGUCAGCUCUGAGCCCGUCACCUCGUCCUCACAGGACCGACAGAAGGAUCAUGGCGGUGCGGUGCGUCUGAGUCUGCGCGGUCUACGUCAGGUGUACGGUGUGCUGAGCGAGCGCUACGGGGUCAGCGUGUCCUUCUCUCAGCUGCAGCAGGAGCUGGAGCACGAGGACGAGCAGGAGCAGAGCCCUGGGCUACACCUGGCCCUGUCCGAGACGCCCCGGGACCCAGAGAGCCAGCCGCCCUACGCCGGGAUGACCAUCUCACGCCUGGUGCAGGAGGACGACAGCCAGCUGAGCGACCAGGAGCAGGAGACACGCUCGCCUCACAGGAUCCUUGUCACCAGCGGCCCAGAGUCAGACGAGCCUGAGCUCCAGACGCCCGUCACACACAGCCACAGCAGUGAGUGCUCCCCGGCUCAGACCUGCUCUCCUGCUCAUCACACACAGAAACACAUCAGGAUGAUCCUGUCCAGUGAUGUGGAGCUGGAGGACCACGCCGCGUCUCCUCCGUCCAGACGCUCCUCCAGACAGCAGCAGCAGAAGAAGAGCCAUCACAGUGAGUCUGAGUGUGUGCUGAUGGAGGAGGAGGACAGAGGCUCAGCUCGGGUCUCUUCUCCCGCUCGUCCCAGCAGCAGCAGCAGCUCUCCAGCCGUCAGACGCUCGGCCAGAGACACACCGAGACAGAGCAGUGAUGUGGAGCUGGAGGACCACGCUGUGUCUCCUCCGUCCAGAUGCUCCUCCAGACAGCAGCAGCAGAAGAAGAGCCAUCACAGUGAAUCGGCUGAAUCAGCUCCGGUCUCCACUCCUGCUCGUCCCAGACGCUCGGACAGAGAGACACAGAACCAGAGCCAGAGCAGUGAGUCUGAGUGUGUGGUGGAGCUGGAGGUGAAGGAUGGAGGUUCAUGCGUCCAGCACUCGACUCCCGCUCGUCCCAGCAGCACAGACACACAGAGGCACAGGAACAGGAGUGUGACUGUGUCCAGCGAGUCUGAGGAGAACAGUGAGUCUCCUGCAGCGAAGACGCCCCGCCGCAGCCGCAGCUCUCCGUCCCCUGGAGGAGCUCACAAGAGGAGGAGGGCCAGAUGGCAGGACGUGUCCGGGACGCACGAGAACUGGAGCGAUGAGGAGUCACUGUUCAGCAGCACUUCAGGUCGCUCCAGUAAGAAGAGCAGCAGGAAGAUGUGGACGCUGCAGGAGUCGGAGUGGCUGAAGGAGGGAGUGCGGCGCUUCGGCGCGGGACACUGGGAGAAGAUCCGCUCCUCCUUCCCCUUCACCGAACGCAGCGCGGUCAACCUGAAGGACCGCUGGAGGACCAUGCUCAAGCUCAGGCUGGUGUGACCACACCUCUUUUAUCAUGUUUUAUACUCCUCUUCCUGUUUUAAAAACACAUGUUCAGCUUGUUCCCUAUUAAACCUUUGUUCUGUUCGUGCA